CACUCUCUCCGAGAAACCAACCAAAUCCACCAGAAAUGGCUCCCUUAAGGAACAACUUAUUGGGUCUAGUCCUGAUCCUGGCAGCCACGUUUUGCUAUGAAGCCACUGCUCAGUCAGGUUGCACCAAAGAGGUCAUAAGCUUAUCGCCAUGUUUAAACUACAUUACAGGAAACUCCACAACCCCAUCUUCCUCCUGCUGCUCUCAGCUUGCCAAUGUUGUUCAGUCACAGCCACAGUGCCUUUGCACUGUGGUCAAUGGCGGUGCCGCCUCAUCACUAGGUAUUUCCAUCAAUCAGACUCUUGCUCUGUCACUCCCCGGCGCUUGUAAUGUGCAAACACCACCAGUUAGCCAGUGCAAUGGUGCAGCUAGUCCUCCAGCUGCAUUGCCAACAGUCCCUUCAGGUACCACGUCAAAAACAGUGCCUACAACAGCCGGUAGCACAUCUGAUGGAAGCUUCAUGAAGAUACCACUUGGCCUUGCCCUGUUCAUUUCUUCAAGCAUGCUAUAUUUUAAUAUAGGAAAAUGAUUAGUACAUUUUUAAUUUAACAUAUCUUUUGAUAUUUAUUCAAUUUAAUUAUUAAAAAUAUUUAUUUAAU